GUGUGCGCUAACCAGUGCCAGUGGUACCACGUGUUGAGCGUCCGGCGCGGCUUUCCGGUGAUCAGCUGGUUUAAUGUGUGUAUAGUGAAAACAGUGCUGUGAAUUAUGUGAUAGUUAAAACCGUGAAUAUGUGUUCAACGUUUUGGUCAUGUUAUUACGUGUUUAGCAAAAGCAUGAUAACAGGUGGUACCGCCAUGAAGCGGGUGACGAUUUGAAUUCAAAAUGAAACGAUAACAGUGAUUCAAAGAAUUCGAUUUUUUUCGGUGAUAGAGUGACUAGACUUCGUUAACACUAACUCAUACCAACGAGCGGUGUUACGUUUUUGCCCGCACCGGCUAUUAGAGAAGGAGCAGCAGCCUCAUCACGCAGGAGAGCGGCCGCCGCGCUGACGUGACCUUGGGCUGUCUUCAGGCUACUAUUAUGUCCUUCCCCCACGCCCACCACCUGGCUCCACCUCCCGCGGUCACGCCCAGCGCCCCCUCACCCACGCCCGUCGCCUCUCCAAUGCCCGGUCGCCGACUCCGUGCCCCCGUUAUGCCCACUGACGAUGCAGGUCAGUCACCGGCGGCGGAGGUAGUUCCGGGGGGCCGCGUCUCCCGAGUGCAGCGGCCCGGGUCAGCGCGCGGGGGCAGGCGGCCGGAAAGAGUGCAGCGCAGGACGGGGAUGCAGCUGGAACUCCACGCCAAGGACCGCGGAGCAGCGCCGCGGAACAAGACCGUUAUGACGACGGCGCUCAGCGGGGUCACGGAGGCCUCGCUUCAAUCGGACGCUGCAACGAUGACUUCAGACGUUCCGGCAGCCGGCCAGAGGUACCAGGUGGCUUCCCUCACUCGUCAGCCUCAUGUCAGCCACAGCAGAAGCAACUCUGAUUGUUCGGAGGACGAGGCGCGAGGCGGCAAGUUGUCUGAGCUGGAGAGUGAGGCUAGAAGACAAAUGAAGAGAGCUUUGGCCAAGCGAUGCGAAGGCAAGCGCUGUGCUCCGCGGGACUCCCGAGCUCGAGUGCCUUGGUCCGACUCACAAGGAUCUCGAAAUCCUCUUUCUGGCGCCCACUCGGAGGCUGAAGCAAAGCUCGCUGUCGGACCUCGCUCAGCCGACGCGCCCGAAAGAGGAAGAGGCGUCAUAGAGAUCGUGGAUGUCGCCGACGAGGAAGCCGAUGUUGGAGCGAGUAUCGGGGGCGCCCUUCGUACUGCUGGGCAGGCGAGCGGGCCGCUCCACGUGGCCGAGGACGCCGUGUUUGUGGAGACGGUGUGGAACGCCUUCCGGACGGACAUGAUGCGGGUCAUCUCCGGGAUCGGGUCGCGCAUCCUAAGGCCCGCGCCCUCCGCCCUGCCCUCGAAUCCCGGGGCGGCGAAUCGGCACUCUCAGAAAUCAAUAUGGACGACCCGCAGACCCUCCGGACCUUCUGCGGCGCCCGUGCCUCUGUCUCUGCCUCGCUGGGUCACGCCCGUUCGCCGCUUCGAGGGCGCCGGGGGGAGCAGCGACAGCCUGCCCCGGACGCCAGCUCAGCCACGGGGGAGCGACACGAUGGAGGGUUCCGUCGGAGGCAACGGCAUUCCGACGGAGGACUCUGUCGGGAACGGCCCGAACGGCGCUGCCAGAGGGGGGGCACGGACGCAGGCACUAAGAGCAAGGGUAUCGGGGAAAUCCGGAUGCAGAUGGUCGCUACAAGAACAGGAUGCAGCUGGUAUUUCGACGGCGCUUCCCCCCUCUUCGCUUAACGACGUGUAUAGGGAUAACGAGCCUAACGCCGCUGCCAGACGAGUGGUGUGA